UGGGUUUUUUUGCACACCCGUGCUCUCCACAACUUUCUCUCUCCUCGAACCCAAAUAUGCACUGACAAACCCCAAAAAUGGAUCAGUUUUACUCUGCAUCCACUUUCUAUCAGCACUUUCUCUAACCCUUGCCCCUUUUUUACUCACCACAAAAAAUUCGGAUACACUACUGUUUUGACAAAUUUCUUAUUUCUCUCUCUCUCUCUCUCUCUUUCUCUCGAAUCUUUUCAUAUUCUCUCUCUUUUUCAUUGAGAGAUGGAAAAAUCCGGCGAAUCAACGGCAGCGGCGGCGGCAGUGAGGCUGAAACCAAUCGAAGCAACGGCGGAGACGUUUGGAGAAUUCGGGCAGGUGAUAGAGGCGUCGGCAGAUGGCGAGGAGUUCGGACCUCAAGAUGCUCAAUUAGACCUCAGUAGAGGAAUCCCAAGGUUCUACAUUAUGCAUCUCAACAACCGACCACUCAAGUUUUCGAGCAUAACGUACCAUGCAAGUGUUACACAGUGCCUUGGUUCAGUUGGUGGCAAUGUUUGGUAUCUUGGUGUUUCGAAGCCUUCCAUAGUGGACUCGAGCGAAAUUAAUGCAGAUGAGGGCUUGAAUGUUGUGAAGUCACACUCUGGUCAUUUUUAUGUGCCCCCUGCUGUCAAUGAUGUGUGUGUUUUCAGAGUUUCUGGUCCAAAGUUUUUGAAGCUGAAUCGUGGUACAUGGCAUGCUGGGCCAUUGUUUAACGCAGCAUCGAUGGACUUCUAUAAUUUGGAACUGAGCAAUACGAAUGUUGCGGAUCACACACUGCAUGAUUUCAAGAAGAAAGAUGGGGUGGUCUUUCUGAUCGACGAGUAGUAUAUUUUCUAUUAUCCUGUUUUACAUGGCCAAAUCCAUUACAAAAGCUGUUUUAUUCUACAAAACUGUACAGCACGUGCGUUAUGAAAAUGAAUGUUGUUAAGAAUAACAUUUUGAGCAUUGGGUGAUAUGAGCAGCCUGUGACAUGUAAUGCUGUUUCAUGACAUUUUUUUUGCUGCUGAACAUUGUUGCUUCCGAAGAUGGAUAUGAUUCUACUGUUCUCAA